UAAAUAUUCAUGAUGAAUGUUAAAUUGAGUAAAAAAAAAAGAAAAAAAAAGAAACGGAGACACAGACAUAGACACAAACACAUAGACACACACGCAAAUAACGAAAAGGAUAGAAAAAAAGGAGACGUUGGGAACACACUAGUCCGUAAUCCUAGUUUCUCUUUGUCCUGCUAACCGAGAUCACUCGAGGUGUAGAAAGAAAUUGAAGGAAAAUUUGGCCUGUUUCGUUUUCUCUUCGUCGCUUUCUCGUUAUUCGUACUAUGUUUGUAGAUUCAUCGAUACAACGAGGAGUGGAACGGGACGAUAGAGAAACGAAAUAUUAGAUGGAGAUUAGAGGGGUGGUGCAUGAGCUCCCAUUGAAUCAGCCAGAGUACGCGAAUGGCCAGCACAAAAAGCGAAUGAACGCAAUGUGAUACUAAAUGAUAAUAAGAAUAAAGAUAUAAUUAUUCUGUAGUGUGCGACUGCUCGGGACACGAAGCGUGUCAUUUGAAACGAAAAAUGUAUGAUAGAAAGAAAGAGAGAGAGAGAGAGGGAGAGAGAGAGAGAGAGAGAGAGAGAAAGAAAGAUGUUCGUAUCCCUAGAGUCGCCUUGAAUAUUAUAAGCAGCUAGCCUAUGUCACCCUCUCCCUCUAUCCCACGAACCUACCCAUCCUUAAACCCAUCCUUAAAUUUUUCCCAGAUUUUCGAGCCGUAGACGGACUAGGGUUACGCAAUAAAGAUUAUUUUAACGUUUAAUUAAUUAUGCUUAUUUUGUGUAUGUAUUAUACACGUAUACCCACGAAGCUGGGUGCUCAGAUAUUCCCUAAGAGGCAACGAAUGUAUUGUUAUUAUACGAUAUCUCCUUUCAAAGUAGUCUCUCUCCUUCGAUGAAUCAUUGAGUUUCCUUUUAAAUGUAAACAUGUUCCAAGUAAACAAUAAUCUCGACAUUUUCUUUAUCGCGAGUUCCGAGAAAUAUCGUACGUUCUAAAAGAUCUUGUUAUUGUUAUUGUUUGUAUUGUAUCGACCGAAUCCGUCCUAGAAGGAUCAAAACAAGAGAAAGAUCAGUACCUUUGACGUCUCUCACGGGUAAAUCUGGGCGAAGUUUCAUAGCUGUUAAGCAUUUUCCGAGCGGCGAGCGUCCUCUGCGUGCUUUCUUAGUGUUCAUAGUCUUUACGAUGAGAUAAAUUAAUUCCGAAAGGGGAAAAAUAUGUAAAAAUGAAAAGAUAAAACAGAAGCGAGCGAAAAGAAUACGUUUUUUGUUUUUCUUUAGUAUUGUGCUUUCUCGACGACCCCUUUACACCGAUAUCCCUGAUAUUCUCAUUACAAAUUUUAUGAAAAUUUGUUUUCUUUCUUUUUUCUUUAUUUUUCUUUUUUUUUAUUUAUGCAAGACGACGCUCUCAGAAUAAAAAUUCCAAACGUAGUGAAAGAUAAUUGGACGAAAGGAAGGGAGUCGAGGGACAACGUGUUAAACUAACGGUUCAAAGAGUCUUGACUUUUGAAGAAAAAGAAAACACACGAAACCCGUUAUCGGUUGGGCUACGUUCCAGCUGGGCAACAUACGUAAAGGCGUUCCGAAGCAUUCCGUUGGUAGCUGUGUCGAUUGCAUAAUUACGGGACGAUAAAUAAGACGCAGGUUUUCUCGUUUUGUAGGUUCCCCUCAAGAUCGGUCACGCUCCUGCCACCUACCAGUUUCCUUCGUGAACGUAAAUAUCCAACGAGCAUGUAAGGUCGAGGUUGUUCAAACCGGCUUCGUGAAUGGUUACAGGAAGAAUAACGCCUCCUUGAAGCACGCUUCGCGCUAUAAUUCUGCAUUCUGCAUCGCGUGCCGUGUCAUACCUUCGGGCUUAUGCGUUAAAACGACGUCCGAUUCGAUAUAGGCACGCUUUCUCCGCUCAACGAUCGCAUAAAUGACCCAUGGUAGUAUCAACGCCUGAACCUGUUAUUGGCUAAAAUCGCCAAGCAAAAUAUUUUGAUCCUUUUUUUAUCCUUCGAAAAAAUUGAUCGAUUUAAAAAGAUAUAAUUUACAGGGGCGUGACUCGAUUAAUUAUUAAAAAUACGAUGAAUUUAUUAAACGAUUAAGUUCAACGCUUAAUCGUAGGAUUAUUUUGUUGGUACUUGAUAAUCGUAAUGGUAAGAUCAACAUCUAAUGUAAAAAAAUCCAUUUUCUUCAAACUGGUAUAAUAACUAAUUCUUAUAUCGAAUCAGUUAUUCAUAUAGCAUUUCACUCUUAUCGAUUACUCAUCUUAUUUAAUCAGGAUGGUCAUAACGAGUCAAUUGAUCAAUCAAGUCAGGAUGGAAUUUUAAUAAAUCACUUUCCUUAAUCAAUCCGUUCGAUCAGCUUUCUUCUUAAACAUGUCCGACACGUCUUUGGGACCAGUCUUCCUUAUCGAUAAACCUGGCCAAUGGCCCGGACAGUCCACCCAUCGGGCACGAGGUUCGAGAUUCUGCUCUCGAUCAAACGGACAUUGGCUUGGAACCGUUGGAAGAUAGAAAUUCAUGAAAUCGAGUCGUGGUGCCGAGCACAUCGAGCUAGCUGAUAUUUAUUGGCAAGAGGUUCGUACCGACGUCAUUGACCAAUAACCGAGUCUCGUCUCUUCGGUUUUCUCGUCUCGUUGACUAGCCAGAGUUUCUCGAAGUCCGUGAAGAGUACCGUAAGAACGUCAAUACGUUGGUAAGGGUAAAGAGGGGGUAUCGACGCCCGGUCAACGCUCCUGCAUUCUACCUCCUUAAUGUAUAUAAAGAAGAAGCAUCGUACGGAUUUCAAGGCAGAUACCAAGAACAACAUGUACGGCAAGGUGGUUUUGACUCUCACGACAAUUCUGGCAUUGACCAGUGCCCAGAUACCAAGUCUGGGUUGGUGUCCGGAGUACGUACCAAUGGCGAACUUCGACAUGAACAGAUUUUUGGGAGUUUGGUACGAAGCGGAAAGGUAUUUUCAAUUAGCUGAGGUGGUUUCACGUUGCGUCAUGUCGAAUUAUACGCAAAGUCCUGAUGGCAAGUUACGUGUAAGCAACGAAGUUACGAACAGAAUUACAGGAAUCAAGAGAAUAUUGGAAGGUGAAAUCAAAAAGGCAGCUUCGAAAGCGGAGGAAGGAAAAUUACACGUGAAAUAUACUGCAGUACCUCUAACUCCAGAGACACAUUAUUCAGUGUUAGAAACUGAUUAUGAUAACUAUGCCGUGUUGUGGAGCUGUUCCGGUAUUGGUCCGAUUCACGCCCAAAAUGCUUGGGUCAUGACCAGAGAGAGAAUCGCACCUGGAUCGAUACUUCAAAAGGCUUAUGGCGUUUUGGACAAAUACAAAAUUUCCAAAGCGUUCUUCGUAAAAACGAAUCAAGAGGAUUGCGCUUAUCUCGCACCUUCUACGGCUACCGAGGAUAAUACUGCAGAGGCUGCUGUGGCACAGGAAACACAGGAGACAACGGAAGAGCACGUGCGAAACGUGUCUGGUCAAUUAUUGGACUUAGAAAAACCAGUCGAACACGUCGAAGAAUCGAUCGAGAAGGAGAAGAUACCACAAAAGGUAGAAACCGUACCAGAAAGAAUUCUCAAGGUCGCGGCAGAUUUAAUCAAUGAAGAUAAACUAUCCGAAAAAUCAACGAAGGAAGAAAAUUUGGAAAAGAAAACAAAUUUAAAAAAAAUCGACGAGAAAUCAAAGAAGAAAGAGGAGACUCCGGAAAUCACGAAAGAAUCAAAGAAAACGAGUUCGUAAAGAAUUCUAUCGAUCUUAUUAAUCUCGUAUACGCGAAGAAAGCAAACGACAGAGUUAUGAAUUAUGCUUUACGAUAUGCGAUCGAUUUGUAACAUUUUGAUCAGGCUCGUAACAAUUGUUUUAUAGAGAAAAGAGAAAAGAAAAAAAAGAAAACGAAAAAAAGAAAAAGAUAUCUGUCUGGCCUCGAUCGUCAAAAUCGUUCGUUAUUUAUUAUAUAAGAAUCGAAAGUUAGGAGAUUAAAACUUAAGAGCCGUUUACAAAUGUAAAGAAAAAAAAAAGAAAGAGAAAAAAGAUCCAAGUCGAAUAAAUUGUUACAUAAAAUACGUUUUCUCAAAAAUCCACUAUGUAGAGAUUGUCUAUAUUUUUUUCUGCAAUCCUUCAUACAAAUAACAACUUUUCUUAUUAAUUAUACGUAAGAUGAUUAGAAAUAUCUAGAACAUUUUAGAAAAUACGUAUGGGGAUUCUCAUUGGAGAGUCUUACUUCUUUUCUAAUCCGAUAACACUUGACAAUUAUAUAAAGUUAUUCAAAUGAAGCGUUUUAAAAUUUUUAUUAUUUAAUAAUUAGAUUUUAUGAGAACAUUUAAUCACCGUAAUAACGAUACAAUUCCAUUGCAAAGAUUUAAUCCAAAAAGAUUCUAUAUAAGAAAGCAUAUUCUCUUCAAAUACAUCAGUUUCUUUUUGAAUCGUCUUAUAUUUAGCAGUCAAAGUACAUUUGAUUGCUUCAUAACUUAUAUGAUAGACAUAAAUUGUAGUGUCCGAGAAACUAGAAAGCCUUAUUUAGAAACUCCUUCUACUUA